AUCUUCAAAAACUCAGCAGCCGUGUUUUCGGAGAGUAAUAUUUUUGAUUUUCGAAUCGACGGGAGAGUUGCCCAAGAAUUGCCUAUUUUUUAAUUGAACUUUGCUGUUGAAUACUCCGCCGUGUUGGACUUUGGCUUCUCUCCGCUGGAUUAAAAGCUGACUUUGGACGGCCUUUGAGCUCAACUAAACGAUUUCCCCAAUCAGUCCCCUGAUUGUGGGUGGACCUGCUGCUCUUCUUCCUUCUCCCUCCACAAUGGCAAGACAAGCAGUGAGAUAUGCUGUUAUAGACGCAUUUGCGGACACGCCUUUCAAGGGCAAUCCGGCUGCGGUGUGCCUCUUGGACGGUGAAGAUGCGGAGGGCGGGGUGGACGACCAGUGGAUGCUGUCCGUAGCCAAAGAAUUCAACAUCCCCAUGACCUCCUUCCUCACGCGCGCUUCUCCCUCCACAGCCGACGGUUCUGCCGCCAACCCCCGCUUCCAUCUCCGUUGGUUCACACCUGUUGCUGAGGUCAAACUUUGUGGACAUGGAACACUUGCGGCUGCGCAUUUCCUUCUCACAUCUGGUCUUGUAGAAUGUGAUGUAAUUGAGUUUAUUACAGAAUCUGGACUUCUAACAGCUAAGAAAGCCCAUGGGUUACAGCAUCAAGGUGCCCCAAACAUUUCAUUCAAUGGAACUGUGGAGAAAUAUUCUAUUGAGUUAGAUUUCCCUGUGGUUCCGGUGGUGGGAUAUGAGUCUGCAGAGUUCCCAUCAAUUCCUGAGACUCUGAAUGGUGUUUCUAUUAUAAAUGUUCUGAAAACUACUGCUGAUGACUUAAUUGUUGAGCUUGCUUCAGGAAAAGAAGUUGCUGAUUUACAACCAAACUUUGCCGAGUUGGAAAAAUGUGCUGGAAGAGGAGUUAUUUUCACAGGACUAGCUCCUGCUGGAUCUGGAUUUGAUUUUUUCACUCGUUUCUUUUGUCCAAAAGAUGGAGUCAAUGAGGAUCCUGUCUGUGGUAGUGCACAUUGUGCAUUGGCACCGUACUGGAGUAAAAAGUUGGGGAAACAAAGCCUCGUUGCUUACAUGGCUUCUUCAAGGAGUGGAAUAUUGGACCUACAAUUGGAAGAGAAGACUCAAAGGGUUCGGAUCAAGGGAGAAGCUGUUACUGUUAUGGUGGGAACCAUACUAGCCUGGAAUCAACCAUCUAAUGUAAGCAUAGAUUUGUAGCAUGUUAAUUAUUCUGGUAUGAACUCUCUCUCUCUCUCUCUCUCUCUCUCUCAGAGAGGGAACAUUGCUUUGGGUGCUUAAUCCACUAAUUUGUAUCAAAACUUCUACCGGUGUUUAUGAAGAUAUCUCAAUCCACCAUGUAGUACCAAAUCUAUUAUUGGUAUUUAUGGAGGAAUCUUAAUCCAUUUUGUUGUAUCAAUUUACUGUUGGUAUUUAUGAAAAGAUGCAUUUGUGCUC